UUUCGUCCCUACAAUUCAAAGCACCAUUUUCUCUCUGAAUUCUCGCGUAAUCUUCGCUUUUUGCUGGAUCAAUUCACAUGGAGGAGGGUAUCCUUCAGAAUGCUCACUCGCCGCCGCCCGAUCUAGAGCCGUUCGACAGCUGCGGAAAUGAGUUGACUCAGAUGAACUCGGAUUUAUCCGCCAUAACGGCUGAUGCUUCCAAAGCUUCCUCGCAGCAGUGCGCGGCACCUUUUCCUAUCGACCAGUCAACAAAAUGGACAGAUCAUCAACACCGUUUAUAUCUUAAUUCGUUAGAAGCUUCAUUUGUGAAUGAAUUGCAACAGUCUAUACAAUUAUUUGGUUGGAGCUUACGUAAUAACUCAAAGGAAGCUUUAAAGUCAAAAACCUUGCAAAACUCACAGAAUAUGACCAAGCAGUUUCCAGUUCUACACGAUUGUUGCUGGAAGAAGAUCUGUGUUGAAAGAAAUGAACCUAUGCUAGAGAGCACAGCUGAUUCUCAUGUUCUUGCAGGAAGCCCAUCUAGACAUGCACCAGUAGCAAGAGAAUGUGUUAUGAGAGGAUCUGAUGUUUAUGACAGUGGCAUGCGUUGUGAUGAGGGGACUCAGGUUGGAGGGAUUUCAAAAUUCUCCAGGUGGUCACCAAGAAUCAUACAGAAGCCAUGCCAUCGAGAAUCAGUUGGCUGUUAUGCAGGUAAACUUUCAAGUAAUACCUGCAUCAUGCGUGCUAGUUACUCAGUUGUUUAGGCAUUAUUUUUCUGUCAUCCUGCUUUUCCUUGGCCAUAUUCUGCUUGUCAUAGCCACAUUCAAGCACACGGUACUUUUUCUUCUCUGAAAGACGUCCAUAUAAUUUCAGAGAGCACAUGCACAUAUUCUUGGUGUUACCAAAAUGUCAAUUAGAUUUGAACUCCUGGAUGAAUUAGUGGCAAACUUGUAGGGCAUAUGUCUGGUUGCAGCCAGAUCACAUGGCACUGAACUAAGUUUCCUUCCCAAACAUAGGGAGGCUUAAAAUGAGGAGGGUUCCUCAGUUCCAUGAGGCUGUACUAGUCUUUGGCCUGAACU